AUGCGUACUGCUCCCAACAUUAUAAUCACCGGCACCCCCGGCGUGGGCAAGACAAUCCACAGUGAACAAGUCGCCCAAGACACUGGUCUGCAGCACAUGUCCAUAAACGACAUUGCCAAGCAACGCGAUUGCUACGAUGGAUAUGAUGAGGAGCGAUUGAGUUGGAUUAUUGACGAGGACAAGUUACUAGACGCGAUUGAGGAUGAUGUAACAAAGGGCGGAUAUAUAAUCGACUGGCAUGCGUGCGAUCUAUUUCCCAAGUCCUGGAUAGACUUGGUUGUUGUUUUGCGUUGUCCUUCCACGGCUGUUUACUACGACCGAUUGUCCUCGAGAGGAUACACAGAAUCAAAGGUGGACGAAAACAUGGACGCUGAAAUUUUCGGACUAUUACUCGAAGAAGCCAAAGAGGCCUAUGACGAGGAGAUUGUCAUUGAAUUGACGAGCGAGAAUAGCGACGAGAUUGAAAGCAAUUGCGCGAGGAUAUCUGCCUGGGUAGAGGCUUGGAAAAAGUCUCAUUCCGAAGAAGCUACAGAUGCCUGA